CCCCGAGGGACAGUCUGAGGUCCGGCUCGGCGGGGAGGUCCGGUGGCGGGACCGGCCGGGAAAAUGCCAGUGGCAGUGAUGGCGGAAAGUUCCUUUAGUUUCAGAAAGUUGCUGGAUCAGUGUGAGAACCAGGAGCUCGAGGCUCCAGGAGGAAUUGCUACACCCCCAGUGUAUGGUCAGCUUCUAGCUUUAUAUCUGCUUUACAAUGACAUGAAUAAUGCAAGAUAUCUUUGGAAAAGAAUACCACCUGCUAUAAAAUCUGCAAAUUCUGAACUUGGGGGAAUUUGGUUGGUAGGACAAAGAAUCUGGCAGAGGGAUUUCCCCGGGCUCUAUACCACCAUCAGCGCUCACCCGUGGUCUGAGACAGUCCAGCCAAUCAUGGAGGCACUUAGAGAUGCCACCCGGAGGCGAGCCUUCGCCCUGGUCUCUCAGGCAUGUACCUCCAUCAUCACCGACAAUUUCGUAGCCUUUGUUGGACUUCCCAUGGAAGAGGCUGUGAAAGGUAUCCUAGAACAAGGAUGGCAGGCCGACUCCACCACAAGGAUGGUCAUGCCCAAAAAGCCAGUUGCAGGGGCCCUGGAUGUUUCCUUUAACAGGUUUAUUCCCUUUUCAGAGCCUGCCCCCGUUCCACCCAUCCCCAAUGAACAGCAGUUAGCCAGACUCACCGAUUAUGUGGCUUUCCUCGAAAACUGACUUAUCAUUCUGAGUUCAAGAUCCACCUUCAGAAUCCUGA